GCUUCUUCUUUAAACGCUGCAAGUGUUUAUGGAGUCCAGUUUGCUUUGACGUUACGCAGGAAAAUUCCAUUUCGACUUAUUUUUGGAAACCAUAAGGAGGAUAUUUUAAGAGAGAGUGAAAUUUUAAAAGAGUGUUUGUCGCUGGCGACAGCCGCUGUAAUGACUUCCUUCCUCGUGCUUCAACGCUACUUUUCCAGGGAGGCCAAUUGGAUGCCUUAUAAAGAAAGCCAUGGUCAGAUGUCAUGAGUUACAUCACUUCAUCCACUCCUGACUUCUACCUCUACAGACUCUCAGCGGCUGCAUUUUUCUACACACAUUUUCUGUCAUUUUCUUUUUUCACUAUGAUUCAUUUAUUAGUUUUGCAUCCGUCGUCAAAGCCGCCAUUUUUUCUGGGGCUUUUUCUCAAGAGAAGGCCGAUUCCUGCCUUUGUCUGAGUGCGUUUUUCACAGAAGUAUGCUUAAUUGUUCAUACCAAGAAGACUCUUUGGUUUUAAACUGUUUUAUUCUCCUUUUGUAUACCGUUUGUUUUGCUGUUUUUAUCACAUAGUUUUCUUGUAAGGUUCAUAUUUCUACCUCUUUCUGUGCUUUUCCUUCUGUCAGAGACACCUGUUGGACUUUUAUACUGUCACGGGUAUUUGUCCUGUUUUUUUUGAUGGGCACAAACUGACAACAGUUUUCCUCUGUUUUGGUUCUUUUUAACCAUCCCCGUUGAGGGCAAAGCGCUAGGCAAACUUAGCGGCUAAACUGAACACCUCUCAGCUGUCUUAGUUGUUUUCUAUUUUGCAAAAAUAUGUGGUCUACCUUUUCUGUGGCCGAUGAUGACGGCCGCAUGGCACCGCCAGGUACGGCGCUCGCAACAGUAGGAACACCCCAGGGUCCUGGAGGAGGUCUGACUGGUCUCAUGACUGGACGCGGCGGGGGGAACAAGCGCCGCAGGACGACGUCGGCAGGACACGCCAUGAGCGAGGCCCUGGAAGGGAAGAUCAAGUUGGCAUUCUUUGUGGCCAUCGUGGGCGUAGUCCUGACCGUCCUUGGGGUGGGGACAGAGUUCUGGGUGGAGCUGGCCCCAUCAAAGAGUUUCUAUAACAACCAGACCUGCCUGACAGCUCACUACGGCCUGUGGAAGGGCUGCACUAAGACAUUGUGGGUGUCUGAUAUCGACCCCGAGAGAGAGAGCUGUGGACCUGCUGAUCUACCCGGAGAAUCAAACUGCACCUACUUCAAGUUUUUUACCACGGGGGAAAAUGCUCGGAUGUUUCAGAAGACAACACGGAAAAAUCUGAAUGUAGCAGCAGCCAUGCUGGCCCUGUUCAGCCUGUUCUUGAUGGUGAUGGGGGCCAUAUGCAUCGUCAUGUGUCUCAGUAAAGAGAUCAUCUUCUUCCUCAAGCCUGCGUCUGUCUGCUUUAUUCUGUCAGGUGUCCUGGUGCUUCUCUCUCUGUUGGUCUUCCACCUGUCAGUCCUGGCCUUCCUGGCCAGCGACCACACGGUUCCUCUCCACCACGAGCUCUCCUGGUCGGUGACGUGCAUCGGCUGUGCGGCGGCUGUCCUCAUCGUGGGAGGGAUCCUCUUCCUGUUGCUGGCGCUGCCCUACAGCCCCUGGCAGAGGUGUCUCCCUCCGAAGGACAGCAGCAGCUAGUGACUGGUUGCACUUUAUCUGCCCUUUCUGUUUAUGAGGAGGGAGGGUGCAGAGGGGCGUGGGUGUUUCCCAAAGACGUCUUAGCAGAAAGAUUGCAGUGUCUGUGAACUUAUGUUAUGGGAGAGUGAUGGGAGAUUCACUGAAAUGCACAGAACACCUAGCUGUCUAUCUUGUCAUAAAAAUAUUGUUAGUAUGAAACAUCAGUCUGGUUCCCCUUACCUUAUACACAUAAUAGUGUUGACGUUUAACCUGUUCCUCAUCAUGGAGACAGCUAAGUGUUUAAAACUACAGUAAAAUACCUUUUAGUGGAAACAAGUAUGGAUAUGUGAUUGCUCAGAUGUGGUUGGGAAACAGUCCUGUAUUGUCUUACUAUCCCACAGCAUUUGGAGGCAACUUACUCUUUGUUUAUUUAACAAAUUGAUAAAUCCUUGCAUAUUGCUUUGACCUUUUUGAAAUACUAGCUUUUCCAAUUCUUUAGAUUCUAAUUCAUUGUCAAACAAUUAACUAAAAACAAUGCAUUAUGUAUGUAUGUAUGUAUGUAUGUGUAGCAGCUAAAAGAAGCAGUUUCAAGU